AUGAAUGAGGCGGUGCUGCCCCGCCUUUCACGUACCCCGCUCGAGCUGGGUAAGACGGGGAGGCUGGUGAGCAGAACGAGCCGGGACCGGGAUGAGAGGGCCAACGACGGCCAUCGACAGUCAUCGACAGUCAUCUUCGACAGCCAUCGACAGUCAUCGUCGACAGUCAUCUUCGACAGUCAUCUUCGACAGUCAUCUUCGACAGUCAUCUUCGACAGCCAUCGACUGCCAUCCGCUGCCAUCGACAGGCAUUGA